AUGGAGUCGGGAUCAUCUCUGAGCCUUGUACUGCCGGCAUUCCCAGUCAAAUCGCCGAACAAGUUGGUCAAGGUCCUCGGCUCGCUUCCGGAUGAAGCAGAAAGAUUCUCACUACUCCACCUCAACGGCUUGUGCGACACUCUCGCCGCUAUCACUGGUCUACCAGCAAUUUUGACGAUCGUCUCGGAUGGACUUGCGUACAACGAUAUCCUUGGCGUCAGUGACGAGGACGUGUGGAGAUACAGCGAAGCGCUUCGAGCUAUGGCUUCUUGUAAUGGCUGUGUCAACAUCCGCUUCACUCGUCUUUACGACAUGCUCACGGACACAGUCGAAGGUUCGACUGUCAACACUGAUGCUGAACACUUCCUGAAGACUGCGGCAUGGUGUCGUACAGAGAUGGAGAAGCAUCGUCCGAAGGACUUCGAUGUGCUCGAAAGACUCGCCAACGAUGCCGAUACUCUUACAACCUACUGCGGAUACAAGCGGUUCUUGCUCAACGAAAUUCCUGAGGACGGUCUGAAUCACAAGCAGCGCGACAAGAGGAACGCUCGCAUUGCGAAAGAAAUGCUUGUGAGAGGCAAAGCGUUUGCAGAACUAAUCAAACUGCGCUUCAGCGAAUGCACUCGCUUAUCUGUGCAUGCCUCGCUGGACGUUGGGAAAGUGUCCAUCGGUAUGCUGCCACAGAAUAACAGCUGGCUUAUGACGCCGUGGCAUGGUGCCCUUGUGUGGGAAGCAGACGGCGGUUGUCGCAUGACGCACAGAGCGGACAUCAACGAAGCGUCACAUGAGUUGGUAUACAAGAAUGGUGUGUCGUCGUAUUUCAGGGAAAAGAACGAGCUUUUCGACUGGCCUGGCAUCGACUUCGAGCACCUCUAUCCGUGUGGCCUAAUCGUCCGGCCCACCAACUCCGACAACUCAUCGCUCAGAGAUGUCGACAUGGUAAGGGUUCGCAGACUGACGGAGACUCACUCACCUGUCAUUCUGCGUGGCUUCAGCGAUGCGAGGGACGAGCCUGUUUUUGUCGCAAAGGCCAGCGAAUUCGGCAAGAUCCUUCCGUGGCAGAACAAUGUGAUCAUGAAGGUCAGGAAUGAGCGCAACCCCGACCCAGCGAGCACGAGUCAGCUCAGCAACGAAGCACUGCCCAUGCAUUACGACGGUAUCUUCAAGAUGAGCGAGCGAGUCGAUGAAAUUACAGGCGUGAAGACGAAGGUGUCCGACCCGCCACGCUUCCAGCUAUUCAUGUGCCAUGCCGCCUCUCCACAUGGUACUGGUCAGACGCUCUUCGCUUCCUCCCGGUUGUUCUUCAAGUACUUGCCCUCCAAGUCGUGGGAUGUGGAGAAGCUGUCCCAGAUCCGCUGGACUUGCAAUAGCCACGGAUACUUCAGUCACACUAUGGCGGACUUGCCACUGGUCAUACAGCAUCCCAGCACAGGCCUGCCGUGCCUUCGAUAUCAGCAGCCGUGGGCAAGCUACCAGACGAGUUACGGAUACGGCAGCACAGUCAUCGACAAUGGCCCGCAGUCGCUCGUCCCUCUGAUUGAUGAUCUGUUGUACGAUCGUCGAGUCUGCUUGCAUUUCGAGUGGGAAGAAGGCGACGUGUUGGCCUCGGACAAUUUCGAAAUGCACCACACACGGACAGCUUUCACAUCUGACGACGCUCGAGAGCUUUGGAGGAUACACAUAGACUAA